CAAUGAUGUGUCCAAGCAGCAAGCAGUAGACCAUGAAUACCGCCGCUUUGUUUCUGCUAUUUGAAGCAGAGGCAUUCCUAUAACGGAGCCCCAUGUCAGAAGAAAAAGAUGCAGCCUGCAAGCUGCAGAUGUCCCUACCAUGACGGUUUUGCGCAUUGCGAAAUUCACCUUUGCUGCUUUUCAUCACAUCUCAAGACUUAAGAAACAACGUUGCUGCAGACUCCAUGAAUGAGAAAGCAUCAACACAGUGGUGGAGAGUAAUGGGGCACCAUGCAGAGAAGAGGAAAAGAUUCUGUAGCUCUUCGUUUUGGAGAAAUUGGUGAAAUGUUUCGAACGUGUCUUAAAAUGAACCAAUGGGAAGUUGAUGCCAAUUCGUCCCUGUCAUUUAAAUAGUGAAUUAUCUGACAAGUACAUUUGAACAAAUUUAAUGAGUUGCACAUUUCUGUUUUGUGCUUAGUUUCAAGUUCUUACUCUUCAGGGUUAAGUCCCUGUUUGUCAGAGCUGAAGCUGGUCUGAACUGAGACAAAAGACUUCCGCUCUAAGAGCAUGUUCUCAUGGUUAAAAAUAGGCUGCGCUUUAUUAUGUACUUCAGCAUUAGUAUGUGUGUUUUCUUCCCUGUUCCCUGCAAAAUAACGCAAUUGUUCUUUUACUUCUAUCAGUGCGCUCAGUUCCUUGGGAAGAACUGGUUAUCAGUUAAGUGAAGCAAAGUGAAGUGAAUUUGAUCCCAUCAAUGGGAUAGCAGGAACCCUGAGCGUGGAGCUAAACUGAUCGGUGACUUCAAACUGAAACUUCCUAUAAGUUGAACUUUUAUUUGCAAUGUUUAUAAUUUGUAAGACCAUCUGCUCGGAGUUCGCAAAUACACACAAUUUCCUCAAAUCUAAUCUUCUUCUCGCCGGUUGACAGAAACAUUUCACAAAACUCUCACCUUGCAUUCCAUCAUUUUACCACCGCACUGUCAAUCUGUUGAAACGUUUAACUUUUCUCUCAGCUGCUCCGGCGCUCACAUGGUCCAUGCAGAUCUGAGCAUGUCUUGUGACAAGCAAGUUGAACCUGCCUGUUUGGAUGUUUGGUACGUUGGAAAGUGGAUAUGUUACUAGUGACCGUGACGGUUCAGACGAGCGAAACUCAAGCUCUCGUUGAACUGCGAAUAUCCCAUGACCGUCCGGACAAAGUUUAUGUGAAAGGAGAAUCGAUCACUUUUACUUGUGAAGGCGAUAUUCCACGUUCAUCCAGUGGGUUUUCAUUGUACCGCGGCACCACCAAAUUGCAAGUAACACCCCAGGAAAACAGCUCAUCUACAAAAUCUGUCAAGUUUCUCCUCACGGUCAUGCUGAUUAGAACAGUCUGUUACUUGUGUUUUUAUGGUGCAGACAUGGCGCAAAGUGAAGACGUGUGCAUAACUGUGGUGGACCGUCCUGAGAAACCGGAGCUAUCAGCUGACCGUAACGACAAAACAUAUGUGACAGACGAAGCCGCCCGUUUCACCUGCAGGACAUGGUAUCUCUACUCCGAUUGCAGUGUUGAUCUGUAUAGAUUCGGACAACAUGUACCAACAGAAAGUAAGAAAUGCACGUCCUCGUCCUAUGAUGCCACGUUCACCAUCACGUUCAACAGCGCUGGAUCAGAAGAUUACUAUUGCGUUCAUGCACGGACGGUGUCUGGCAGAGUGGUAUCCUCAGCACCGAGUAAAACAGUGAGGAUUACGGUUGUGGAUCCUCCUGGGAAGCCAAAACUGUUAGCUGACCGUAAGGAUAAAAUAUAUCCGAGAGACGAAAAGGUUGCUCUCACUUGCGAAACAUUCCAUUCAUCUUCAGUCAGUAGUGUUGAGCUCUCUACUGUGGGACAACAUGUGCAAAUUAAACGCAGGGAGGAUAUUUCGUCGCCAUACUCUGUCGUGUUUACCAUCUCGGACACGAGUCCUGGGUCAGAAGAUUACUUCUGCACUUAUACACUGAACAGGUCAGGAAGAGAGCUUACUUCACAGCCGAGUGAAAGCGUGAAGAUAACGAUCGUGGAUCUGCCCAGACCAAGUAUAACAGUGUAUUCCAAUGAGGUUCGUCAAGGGGAACACGUUACCUUCAACUGUACAAGUCCACGGCAGAGGGCAGACACGACGUUCUACCUCUACAGGCAAUGGGGAUCAAACUACUCGGUUGUCCAGUCCGCGACGGCACAGACCAAUUCAGUCACAUUCACCAUCAGAGCUACAUAUGGCUACAAUAGCGGAAACUACACCUGUGGUUACGAAGCUACUGAGGGCGGAAGGCAGCUAAAGUCGGCGCAGAGUGAUUCUGUACAUUUGUCUGUAACAGCUAACUCUGGUCUUUCCUGGAUUAUACCUUUAGCUGUUUUAACUCUGGUCAUAAUGAGUUCUCUGCUGGUCGUCUACCUUUGGAAAAAAGGGAAGAUCCGAAGCCGUGGGGAAAUGAGGGUCGAUCCGCCUCCAGAGGUGCAAACUCAUGACAACGUCGUCUAUGCCGACCUAAAGAUGAAACCUCUCCCGAAGAAACGCAAAACUGACCUGCCGAUAAAUUUCUGUACGGCUCUUGGUAGAUUGAGAGACCAUCGAAUGACUAACUAUUCCAAUCGUUCACAUCAGGGCCGGCAAGAAACAUCCCAAAUGAACGACCCAAAUGACACGGUGUAUUCGGCAGUGAAGACCUAGAAGUUUUACAGUCCUUUGCGCAUCCGAACUCUCCGUCUCACAAGUAUAGUCGGGGCCGAACGAAGCAGUCUCAGCUUGCUUCAACUCAUCCAGUGAUAUUUCGUGCUUGAAAUGAACGCUGGAAGAGGUGAAGUGAGCAAAUCCUCAUCACCCCCUCCCAUAUUUCUCUUCAGUCACAGCAACAAGACCGAUCUAUCUGCUCUGACAUGAGUCUCCCAGAUGAUGACUUCCUCUUCUAUUCAUUAGUUCACCGGGGAUCUUCUCUCUGUGUCGCUGCUUAACAUGGAACGCUGCAAGUAGGAACAAGUGGAGGCUCCUCGGCCCUUCGAUUCCUACCCGCAAUUCAAUGAUGUAACUGAUGUUCCUCGCUUUCAGCAAACGUAUUCUCUUCACCCGUUAUUCCUUCCAAGUUGAAAGUGCCAAAGCAUAAACGCGUCUCCUCAUCCAUUAAACUAAAACACAACGCGGGUUAGGAAGAGGCCAGACAUGUCCCGGAGCCUUUAAAGCCAUAAACGGUUGAUAUUCUCCAUGAGCACCACUUUCUUGUCCUAACCCCAUACGUCCUGAAUUGUACUACUUUCCAAUGAUAUAUCGAUUCUGGUAUACUCAGCAACUGAGCCUCAGCUGCCUUCCUGGUUGCAGCAGAACAAACAUUAGCUACCUUUAUUGAAGAAAUGUAUUUCCACGCCUGUGCUAAACAGCUAACCCGUUCUUGUGAGGUCGUGCAUCCAGCUUCUCGCUUCAAUGCAAAUAUUAUUUUGCAUAUAACCUGCCAAGACCUUUAAAACGCGCACCUUGAUCCCCACUGAGGCCUAGACUUCUUUAUAUCUGCUAGUGCAGCCCAGAAAUUCAGUCCUGAUGAAACGAUUGUUUGGCAUGCUCCAUCACGGGUAGAUCUUUCCUUUUGUCAGGAUUCCAGAUCCCCGAGCAAUAGUCAAUGUUCCAACAUGACCGUCACAGGAUCCUUCCGUUAAAUCUCAUACCUUCUGCCACAUACUGUUUGCCUUCCUGAUCGCUCGCUUUAUCCGCAUGUUAACUUCAGCGAUGCCUGCAAACGCGUAACGCACUGAACACCAGCACUUUACAGACGAGAACGCUGAAAAAUCUAUUCUUUACAAUUUGAUGUAACAAAGCGACAACGAAAUUGAGAUGUACAGGGAGUCCCCGGGUUACGAACGGGUUCCGUUUUUGAGACUGUUCGUAACCUGAUUUUGUGUGUAACUCGGAACAGUGUCCGCGCAUGCGCACUUGGCCCGAGGAUCGCGGACGCAGAUAGCCCCGGCCGCACAUGCGCACUUGUCCCCGGGACCACGAAGGUCGGUUCGUAAGUACGGACGUUCGUAAGUCCGGCAUUCGCAUGUCGGGACUUCCUUUUUUGGUCUAUGACUCAACUUCUAAGAACAUUAUAAAUAAUUCUUGUUAACAGAGUAACUUUCCAAAACCACUGGGAACUGACUCAUUUUUUGCCGCACACCGUAUUACACUUAGGGCACGUUUAUUAAACAAAAUCCCUCCAGUUUAUUUGAAGUGACAAAUCUUCUUUCUGUACCUAUCUAUGAUUUAUGGACGUUCUAUUGUGAAAGGUUGCAUAUUAAAGAAUAAAGUAGU